AUGGCGAGAUCUUCUACUAAAGUCGAAGAUUAUUGGCGUCAACAUAAUAUUGAAAAUUUAUUUAAAGAAUUAACACAAAUUCUUGUACGACGUACACCAUCGGAUCCAGCUAUUGCAAUAGUUGAACAUCUUCAAAAAAAAUUUCCAAAAUCUUUUAAAACAUCAACAGAUAAUAUUGGUAUCGUUCCGAAAUCAUUAGCAAAUAGUUUACAAUUACGUUCAACAAUUUCACCACGUUCUGAUGGUCACAAUGAUAGUAUAAAUGAUACUCAAAUCGGACGUCGUUUAUCCAUUCAAAGUCAAGUUAGUGGAAUUGCUACUAUCCCCACAAUGGAUUCUGCUUUUACUGAUGUACUUAAACAUAAUACUAGUAUUUUGAGCCAAGCACCAGAAUCAAAUAUCAGAACUAUUGCAUCUGUUAAUCGUACAGCUCAACAAGCUAUUAAAAAGGGAAAAGAUAUUCGUUCAGAUCAUGAUAUACUUGAAGAAGAAAUGAUUAAACCAACAAAAACUAAAUUUGAUACAUCAAUAACAGAAAAUAUAUCUGAUAGUUCUUUUACAGAAAAUAUUGAAAACCAAGAAACACAUAAAGAACCAACUGUACAACAAAUAAUUAAAUAUAAACAAAAUAUUCUUACGGAAAAAGGUCGUCGUUUACAUCAAGAAAAACUUGCCGAAUUAGCUAGACAACAAGAUGAAAAAGAAAAAUUCUUUCGAUCAGAUUUUGCAGUUAAUCCAGAAGAAAUUCAACAACAAGACAAACUCAAUGACGAAUCAACAUCACAAGUUGUACCAGAUGAAACAAAUCGUAAUAAAGUUUUGCAUAAACCAAUUGCUAAAUCAAAAGAAGAAGAAGAAAUAUUAAAUGAUGAAAAUGUAUUUCAACCUAGAAAACAACGAAAUAGAGGAAGACCAAGAAAUACAUUGCAAACAAUGCUUUCAACGACACCUUAUAUACAAGGACGACAUAUGAUAGAUCCUCGAUCAACAAUGAAAAGAGAAGAUGGACAUUUAAUAUGCAAAGUAUGUGGAAAUGUAAUAAAUGAAGGUGAAAAUCCGUUAUUAGUUGAUUCUAAAUUAAGUUUUGCGGCUGAUACAGCACGAUCUUCAGAAACAGCAUCUGUUGCAGUUGAUGAUUGGUUUGAAACAGGUUCAGCUGCAUCUAGUUCACGACAAACAAGCCCCUGGAAACCAGAUGAAUCAAUACCAUUACCAUUUGGUUCAAGUACAUUUCGACGAAAUCUUUUUCAACCAAUUAAUGAUAAUCAUACAGAUACAAAAGGACAUCAAUCACCAGUACAAUCUUCGAUUAUUGAUAGUGAUGCAACAAAAAUACGACGGCCAUCUUCAUCACGUAUGUCUGAAUCAGGUGUUUUUGCAAGAUCCCCUGAAGUAAAAAUACGUCGUCCAUCAGCAUCACGAAGUAUACCAUCACCAGUAACAAAAAAACAUCAUUCGGAUACAGCCUCUGGAACAAGUCAUGAACUCAAACAAUCAUCACCUUUAACAACAACAACAACAACAACAACGAAUGAUCGAAGAAUGUCAGGUUGGAGUGUACGUGAACCUUCACCUGAUAAUACAGACGAAAAUUAA